AUGAUAAAUACGUCAUUUGAUUCCAAUCAAGGCGGGCUCUCUUGCAUUAGAACUAGUGUUAAAGAUCAAGGACCAAGGGCGUUGGUACAGGUUAUGGCUGAUCAGAUAAAUGGUGGUUUGGAUGACCGUUAUGAUCGACAGUUGAUGAUCUGGGGCCAUUCAGGCCAGGAUUUACUUUCUCAGUCUCAUGUGUGCGUUGUAGACGAUAAUCAGACAUUGUUGAUGCGAGAAUGUGUCAAGAGUUUGGCUCUCAUGGGUAUUCAUGAGAUUACUGUAGUUUUUGGCUCGUCUAAUGGAUCAGAUUUUGUGAACAAGUCAAACUCGGAUAUUUUAGGUUUUGAUGCGUUAGAAAGUAUGAAUCCAGAUGUUACGUUCCAUAUUUGGAACGAGAAUGCAGUUCCAAUUGAUUCACAACAUAAGUUAUGGAACUCUUUCUCUAUUGUCAUAUGUUUGUGCACGGCUGGUCCGUUGUUACAACGUGUCAUGAAACUCUCAGCAGUUCCUCUGAUAAUGGCAUCCACCAACGAUAACUUGGGAUUUGUUCGUCUUAUAGGCAGUGAACCUCAUUGUGUCAUUGAUUCUCAUGGACAUUUCACUUUCGAUUUAAGACUCAAUCGUAUGUGGCCUGAACUAGCAGAAUAUCACGAAUCAUUCGAUGUAAAAAAUAUGUCACAGGAAGAGGUAUCCUCCUUGCCUUAUUCCGUUCUACUGUACAAUGUGGGAAAAUCAUUAAAGUCAAAGAAUAUUCCUAUCAAUAGAAAAUCAGUGAGGGCAGAGUUCAUCGAACUUCACGAUUCUAUACUCUCUGGACCCUUGACCAAUGAUUUGAACUUUGUGGAAGCAGAGAGGUCCUCAUUCCUGUUAUACGAUCAAUCAGGACCAUUUCCUCACAAUUUGACCAACAUCUUGAAUAGUUUUCAUGCUGAACCUAAUUCUACAAUUAAUCGAUGGGUAUACCAAUUUGUACGAUGCAUCAGAAUAUUUUACGAUUUGAGAGGCGAUUUACCUGUGUCCGCAUUCAUUCCAGAUAUGGAAUCCUCAACUAAACUAUUCAACGCGCAGAAAGCAGUAUAUCAACGUAAAGCUGCCAAGGAUAAAUCAGAAAUCAUGCGCAUUCUAGCAAAGGAGAAUUAUAGUUUGAUACCUGAACCACUCAUAGAUAAAAUGCUCGAGAACUUAAAACAUUUGGAUGCAAUUAAAAUGGGUAGCCUCUCAUCGGCAACUAGAACUAUAAGUGAAAAACCGAAGUUCAAUAAGUUGCUAUCGCUACAAAACGAUAGACAUGAUACAACGUUUGUCAGCCCUGCGAUGGCAUCAAUUCUUGGUGCAAUGGUAUCACAAGAAUGCGUGAAAUUAUUGACACAUCAAUAUGUACCGGUUGAAAACACAUUGUUAUAUGACGGGGACUCGAAUGAAACAAGCACAUUUAUAUUAUAA